UCGCACUAUCAUAGUCUCGUUUGUGGCAGGGUUGGUAACCUUUACUCGAGCAGUACACAAAAGUACUUCAGAAGAACAUGUUGAGGACAUACUAACAGAAUUAACUGAAUUAGAAAUUUCUUUUUCUUCUGAUUUAUGAAGAAGAGUAUUAUGCCGUAGCUUACAAUGACGACAUGUAGCUGAGAGGCGACAGCGUUUAACGACAUGCCCAGGUCUUAAACAGUUCUCACAUAAUUUGUUAGAAGAAACAAAGGCUACCUUCUCCUCUAAUGACAUAGACUUGAAAGAUCAACUCAUUAAGCGAUGGUUAUUUUUACAAAAUAAACAUUCCGAUGUUUUAGAAAAAGAAGUGUUGUUUCCGUUUGGCACAGCCGCUACCAAAGACUUGGAACUAUUAAGUUUGUUUUGAUUACUAGAUAAUUGUUUUUGUUUAUUAUCUUGAGGGUCAUGUUUAUGGCGAUAAACGGUUUCCAAUACAUCAGCGCGACGUUUAAGGAAACUGAAGAAAUCAUUAAGCGAAGGUAUGUCACUCAAACUAUUUAUAUGUUCUUCCCAUUUAAAAUAUGUACUAGAACUUAAUUUACCAGCGAUAAAGUAUAUAAUUAAAACAUCCCAUUUAUCUGUAGGUAGCCCUAGUGAAUUAAGUGCACGAAGGUUUUUAGUGACGUGGUCAAUCACAUAUCUUAAGGACUUGUCAUUUUCUUGAAUAGAAUUAAAAUCAAACAAAGAUUUAAGGUGGUUAUUUAUCAACUAACGCUUGUUGUCGUACCGUUCGCAUAAAAGUUUCCAUGCUUCGGAAUAAUUAUUAUGAGAAACCUCCAAGUUAGCAAUCACCCGAGCCGCUUCUCCCUCUAAAUAAGAUUGUAAGUAAUGAUAUUUAUGAAUGCUUUCGAUCUUAUUAUUAUUGUGAACUAACGAAACAAAUGUUUCCUUAAAUUCCAACCAUUUGAAAUACGUACCGUCAAAGUUUGGAAUUUUAAUAACCGGUAACUUAAAACCCAAUGCAUUACAACUGUGAUCGUUAUGAUGACACGUAGCCACAGACGGUUUACUUUGAGAAUCAAUUUCAUUAUCCUCAACUUCAGAAUGUUUCUUAAUUAAGCUUUGGGCCGUCGCUAUACAAUGGUAGAAAUCGUCUUCUAUUAAAUCCCUAGUAACUAACUCGCUACUUUGGUUUUCCUCGUUACUAAUUUCUAUAAGAUUCUGCACCUCGUCAAAUUCAACGAAUAACGUCUCAAUUUUGGAUAACUUCAAUGCGAGCUUGUCUACUUCUAGUUUUGAAAUGGAUUCUACCAAAGCUAAACUGUCUAGACUUAACUUAAAUUUCGUAACGCGCCCUCUAAUAGAACCGCGUUUGGUUAUCAAUUCCUUUAACUUUAAAGAUUCAGACAUUGUAACAAACUCGCAAUGAGCUAACACAAACAGAUGUUAAUAGAUAAAGAAAUAGAUAUAGGUAUAGCAUACGAUACGCUCCUCGCUUUGUUGAUCAGCUGGUGCUCAAGGCUCGCGUCGUUUGCAAUGCAAUGGUAAGAUGGGUCGGAGGGGAGCGCCGGCAGUCCGAUAACAGCGAUGCUCAAGCGAUGCCGUGUUACAAAUAACAACGCACGAUCUCUGAAACAGGUUAAUCCGCGUGUCUUAGUGCACUGGAAACAACAACUAAUCACUCGUAUGACGAAGCGAUGACGGCUUAUAAGUUUAUUACUUUGAAAACUCGGGAGGUAUUUAGUAUGUAAGAGAUUUAAAGAUUUAAUUGAGUGAUAAAUGGGAGAAAGAAGCGAUAAUAGUGGGAUGAUUUGAUAAAAAUUGCUUAGUUUGAAUAAACAAAAGAAAAAUUUUAAGAUGGCGGCGAGUAUCUGAAUAAGUGAAAUUAAUUAGGCGAAUUUGUGUGAAUCCUCUGAAAAUUUAGACCUCUAGAGGUUAAUUAGGUGGGGCCAAAUAGACACAAAUCGAAACGUAGGAAUUUCACCUGACCUGAGAAACUAAGUCCGCUAAAUGCACUGAUUAAGGGACAACACAAUGGGCGUAUUAGUAAUAUGGAACGAGCUCACUUUAAAUAGGCAGCCAAACUGAUCCUUUGCAAUCCACAGGUAGGCAGCAGCACGUAUGUAGCUAAGUGGACUCGUUCUAUGGUGGACCUUGCUCGAUCGGGCUUCCGCGGUCCCAGCAGUUCUAAGAAUGGCUUGGCGAAGGCGGCGUUUUUUCGACCCAGGCAGUAGAUUAGACUAGGAAGACCAGGUAGCAGGACUUCAGGCGCGGUGAUCUUGGAUUUUCAACACGGCCCGUUGCUGGUAAAUUAGAUUAGAUCGUCUUUUGUCGACGACGACGCCAUCCACGCGUCCUCGAUGCAGAACAACUGAGUAGCUGUUGGCUCCGCUUCGAUGCAGGUCCUGUCACGGUCGCCAGUUUUUGUUGGUGAUGAAUCAAACAAGCUUGAAGUUUUCCAUAAAACACAUUUACUCUGGUUUUUAUACAAAUGUAAUAGAAUAUUUUUGGGACGUACAGCGUGAGGCUAUGUUGGCUAGAUAGAAUGAAUGAAUGAACGCGUGAAUGUAUGCCGCAGUAAGUAUACAGAUUAAUUGUAGUCGAUAAAUGAAUGUGUCGUAGACAAGUAGCAACCUUGCAAAAGAUAACUUCAUUAUGUAAAAUGUUCUAAUUUCAGUAGUUUAUGCCUUAUUUUUGGUUUUAACACAUUUAAGAUUUUUAUUGACAUACGAGGUUCGAAUACGAGGUUUUUACCUGCAAACGCACGAGGAAAAGAAAUUUACGGUUGGCAACCCUGACUGUCCUACUCCUCCUAGUCCAGCUUCUACGACAAACAGCGGCAGCAGUAGUUCCUUAGGAUUUUAUCCCCCAAUUAAUUUUUAUUUUUCAACCAGCAGGGCAGCGUUCGAAGAAGUCAAGGCAGAAUUAAAGGACACCGUUCGCAGCCAAGUGAAUUCAUUGUGCAUCACAAUCGACAUUUGGACAUCUCGCGCAAAUAAUUCGAUGCUAGCCGUGACCGGCCAUUAUAUUAAGGAAGAAGAGUUUGUCAUCAAAUCAUUCUUAUUAGAUUGUGUUCCUCUUGUAGAUGCCCAUACGGCGAAAAAUUUAGCUGACACAGUAAAAUCCAUUUGCCUGGAGUGGAAUGUUAGUGACAAAAUUCUUCUGGCCGUAUCAGACAAUGGCACCAAUAUUAAAAGCGCUUUUGAAAGGCAACUGGUGUGGAAACAUUUCCCCUGUGACAUUCAUUUCCCACAUAGUGACAUUUUAAAAAGCCAAGAAAUUACUGAGAUUUUAAAUAAAAUCAAGGGAAUCGACAAUCAUGGGGUCUGACACUUCAAACAAAGCAAUGUAGCGUGAGAAAAAAUGAAACGGUACCAGGAACAAGCCGGUACCACUGCCAAACGACCACUACAGGAGAUUCCAACGAGGUGGAAUUCCACCUACUAUAUAGUGCAAAGAUGUGUGGAAAUCCGAGAACCCCUCAACAGUGCCAUGGUAAACCUUGGAAUGAGCCCUGUCACUAGUUACGAGUGGGAAUUAUGUCAAAAAUUUUGCUACUCCAUCCGUGUGAAGAAGUCACAAGCGAGUUAAGUGGCAAAAAUAUAUUACUGGCUGCCUAGUAAUACCCAUUACGGUAGGCCUUAUAAAAGCAUUGGAGUAGUUAGGGGAACAACAUGUUUUCAUGCCAGAUAUUGACAAGAUACGCCAGGACCUUAUUGAGGAUAUAAAAAGGAGGUUUUCUAAUUUAAAUAAUAGUAAGACAUUUGGAAACUGUAUGUUUCUCUGCCCGAAAUCCAAAUUUUACUUUGACGAUCCACAUGUGGCAGAAGAAACCAAACGUAGAAUGGUUUCCUUAGUUGCAGCUCAACAUUCGCGUGAUGCAGUGACAACAAACCACAUCAAUUUCGAAGCAGUUGAGCCCACGUCUUCUAGCUGUCAAACCAAAUCAAUCUGGCAAGUCGGAAGACUUUUGGAACAAAAAAAUGCAGUAAACUUAUACUGUGUUGAACAUGGUAGGGUUGAUUCUCUUCAAUCUAAUGAAUGGGUCAUUGUAAAGAACCUCACAUCCAUGUUGACAUUUUUUUAUGAAGCCACCCUUGAGUUAUCAUUUGAUAAUGCUUGCAUUUCGAUUGUCAUACCUUUGAUAUCAUUAUUAAACCGGAAAUUGCAAGUUCGCUGUGAAAGUGACAACGAAAUGAUGACCAACAUGAAAAAUUCACUAUACGAGUCCAUGAACAUCAGAUUUUCUUCAUUGAAAAAACUCCCUUCGUUGAUGGUAACUACAAUACUGGACCCAAGGUUCAAGUCUAAAUACCUCAAUUCCAAUGAAGUGGACAUUGCUGUUACAGAGCUAAUAUCUUUCUUGACUAAGUCUGAAGACAGCAUGCAAUCAUCCCGCAGCACUGAUAACGCCAAUGAUUCUUCGGCUUCAACUACAUGCGUCUCGCAGACUCACCACAUACAGCAAAAAAAAGAAAGUCUUUGGGAUGUGCACGAUGAUAAUACGUCUAGUCAUACAGAGACUACAGAAUCUGAAGAAGACAUAAAACACUUUCUGAAAGAAAAGAUUCAGUCUUACCUGUCGGAGCCAUUAUUAAUUACAACGCAUUGCUGACAUAUACAGUUAUUGGAACAGCAGUCCAUAUCCUAUAUUGAGAAGUGCAGUUUUAAAAUA